AUGCGCACUGCGCAGCACAAACACCGCCGAUCCCGUUGGUACUCUCGCGAGAGCCCGUCAGCUGACCCGGGCAGAGAACUCGCAGCGCCGGUGACGCAGCCGCCGGAAGUAGUGACAAUGAGUUACACAGAGAAGCCAGAGGAGAUUACAAAAGAAGAAUGGAUGGAGAAACUGAACAACUUACAUAUCCAAAGAGCAGACAUGAACCGCCUAAUCAUGAACUACCUUGUUACAGAGGGAUUCAAAGAGGCGGCAGAGAAGUUCCGGAUGGAGUCUGGAAUCGAACCCAGCGUCGAUCUGGAGAGCCUGGAUGAAAGAAUAAAGAUCCGAGAGAUGAUUCUGAAGGGCCAGAUUCAGGAAGCCAUUGCUCUGAUCAAUUCCCUACACCCUGAGCUUUUGGAUACCAACCGUUACUUGUACUUUCACUUGCAGCAACAGCACCUUAUUGAGCUGAUCCGGCAAAGAGAGACAGAGGCAGCUUUAGAGUUUGCCCAGACCCAACUGGCAGAGCAGGGAGAGGAGAGCCGCGAGUGCCUGACUGAGAUGGAGCGGACGCUGGCACUGUUGGCAUUCGAUAACCCAGAGGAUUCUCCCUUUGGCGACUUGCUCAACAUGAUGCAAAGGCAAAAGGUAUGGAGCGAAGUCAACCAAGCCGUCCUGGAUUAUGAGAACCGCGAGUCCACCCCUAAACUGGCAAAACUGCUCAAGCUGCUCCUCUGGGCUCAGAACGAACUGGACCAGAAGAAAGUUAAAUACCCCAAGAUGGCUGACCUCAGCAAAGGGACAGUGGAAGAGCCCAAGUAACGCCCGAUUUGACGUCACAGGAACUCACGGAACAUUUGCCUGUGCGCCCCACGUAUUCUCAGUCUGUGACGUUUGUACUCCACGCACAGCGACAGGGAGAAACCUCUCACUCCUUGUCCUUUUUCUCUCACAUCCCUCCCUGGUACAGGAGGAAAUAGGCUGUGAGGCAGGUUCACUCAGUAUUUCCCAUCUCUGCUGUGCCAGGGGGCAAUUGCUUUGGCUGCUGGUCUAUAAAGGAAUUAGCGAGCAGUCUAACUAUGCACCAAGACCUCCUUGCAGUCUACUCAUAUGGUUUGUAGUAACAUCUCCCAUUAUGUGUUGGGUCCUGAGUGCUGAAACUUUUUAUAUCAGUUUUUGCUUUCUAAAACACUCUAUCCGGUGCCGAAUGCAAGUGAUCCUAGAGGCAAUUACCCUUCCUACACCAGUUAUUGCCCCAUCCUGCAGUGCUCGCACAACUACAAGAUUAACGUGCAGUCUGGGGGGGGGGGUUAUAUUCAUGUUUUCUUUCUUCUGCCUGUUCUUGGUAGUGAGCGUGUUAACCAGUCGUGCAAGCUUUCUGCCCCGCGGCAAAUGUAAUACAGUUUAAUAGACGCAGAGUUGGUUGGACUAAUAUGUGUUUGGGAGGGUGGAUUUGGGCAGGUUGUGCCAAUCGGUUGUUUAUACAGAAGUUUCCCAAAGUAAAUGUCAUGUUUGAUGUAUUGGCUGUGAGCCCUGCUUGCUGGGAGGGAUUUCUGUCUAUCUCUCCUGGAAGGCAUUUGAUUUUUAUUAAAUAGAGUAAAAACAC